AAGAAUACAGACACAAUCAACUCCUAUAUAAACCCCAACAACCUACUCUCCCACUUCACCAAUCCAUAUCCAAUACGAACAAAUUACAUCACUAAAAACCUACACAUCAAAAAUGGCCAAACCAGCAACAACUUUGUUCGCCAUCUUCAUCCUCCUCAUCCCCGCUGCGAACGCAACUCCAUCGCCAUCGCUGCAACCAACACUCGAAGAGCUCGAGCGCUUCCUCCCGAUAGAAGAAGCCCCGUCUCCAAGCUUAGGCGCCGACUCCGUUGAAGACCUCAAGUUCAUGCUCCCAUUCCUCAAUGGCGAGUGCUGGAGCACGAUAAAGGACGUCCCGGGAUGCGCAGGUGAGCAACCGGGGUACGGUUGGGUGCCAGUGCAGUCACCAAAUAACGCAGAUGAUGCUUUUCCUGUUUGGGAUCCAGAACAAGAUAAAUUUAAGCAAGAUACAUCUCGUCCUGGAUCUUCGUCGGGACAACCCAUAAAUUUAAGACGACCAAUCGAAGCCGUGGAUUUAGAUGAUAAUGACGAAGAAGAGGCUCCUUCUCAAUCAAGUAGAGCUCAUCCGGUACAUAAAUUAGAUCCCAAAAGUUAAGAUUAUUCAAACAAAAUAGUUGUCAUAAUUAUGAUUAAUUGCAGAUACUGAAACUAUGAUAUCCUCAUUUUUGCAGGAAAAAAGAAGUAACUGAUCAAUGUCAAACCAUGUAUAUGCUUAUAGUGUGGGUAUGAUGCACAGUGAAUUGGACAGGUUGCAUUGGUGAGAAAUAUAUGUAAUGUAUAAUAACACCUCAUUGUUCAUAUUAGUACAGAUAAUUUCAAUUUCGGUCUUA